AUGGACUAUCACAAACACAUCGCCCAAGAUGCCAUCAGGCGUUUCACCUACCUAACAUCCUUCUUCCCUCCCGCUCCGCUGUUCCUGGCCGGCCUACUGCCCCGUCCCGCUCACGCCGCCUAUACAGUUCCCUUUACACCAGCUCAUACCCUCAGCCCAGAGCAGUCAGAAUCUGUCGACCAGGCGGGCGGCAGUCUCGACUUUAACAACUGGGUCCACCGCGGCAUGGUGAUCCGCAAGGGCUCCAACGUCUACGAGUGUCUCGCCAACCUCACCGCUGCCCUCGACCUCGUCGGCUCGCUCAGCGCCGGCGAGUACAACGGCGCCGCCGGAGCUCUGAGCCUUUUACCUACUGCUGGUGCCCUGCUCGGCGCUCCGACUCGAGAGAUGUGGAUCGUGUACAAGCUUGUCCCGUUGGCGGGUUUGCUGAGCAUGUUUCUGAGUCUCGGGGGUUCCAUCACGCCGUCCAACGUCGGAGAGUAUGAUCCUGCUGAGCCCUUCUCCUACGGCGGAUUCAUGCCCACGACUCGUGUCAGAGCGGCCAAGAGGAGGCCGACGACCCCGGCGAGCUCUGCCCCUGGCAACCGCGGUGCGGCAAAUACCUUUGAAGCCGAGAACGAGCAAACCGAGGCGCAGGCCUUUGCCCAGGAGGUCCUCCAAAGAGCCGAGGAUGACAGCGGAGGUGGGAUCAAGUUUGGAAUCUUCCUAGCCAUGGCUCUGCAGUUCAUCCUCAUCAUCGCGACGCUUAUACCAAUGUGGUAUGCACAAAGGGGUGCAGUGGUCUCAUGGUGGUGUCGUGUCUGGGGUUGGAUGUACUUCUGGUACUUUCUGGUCACUGGAGUAUCCAUCUUUGACAACCUCGUCGCCGCCCCAUUCACAACCAGCUGGACCAUCCGCGUGUCCAGGAAGCCAACGGGGAUCCUGCUGGACGACACCGUCUCCAAGAUUACGGACAGGCGCAAGUACGACAACGCCCUCGAGGCCAUCAAGGCCGGGCCAAAUACCAACCAGCGGAUCCGGAUCGCCACCGACAAGGGCUCGGGAUACUCGCGGACGUGCUUCUACGUUGUUGUCUCAGUCCAGGGCAUAUCGCGUAUGCAUGCAAUCGCCCAGAUCAUCUCCAAGGCGUCGAGCGUGGCAGUGUACGCCUUUGGAACUGCACUAUUUGCGUCGGCGAGCCUCAUGUCCAUCUCCAUCGCGCUGAUGGUGCUCUGCCUCUUGCUGCCGGCCGGAGUGGCGGGACGGGUGAUCGCCAUGUGGAUCGUGUCUCAGAUCGGUCGCGAGAAUAAGCCGAUACUUCACAAGCUGGUCAAGUCGGAGAACGAGGCGGGCGAGUACAUCCACGCCAUCGCCGAGCUGGACCUGCAGCUCGAGAUCCGAGGGCAUGUCAUCAUGAGCGGGUGGUGCAUCAGGUCGCGCAACAGGCUGUUCUCCCCGGCCACGUACAUCGGACUGCUGGCGAAGCCGUUUGACGCCAUCGCGCUGGCGGAGAAGGCUAUGCGGGGGACGCCACCUGCAAAGGGUUCACCGGUGAUGCAGUCUAAUGGCUUCAUGCUGCAGGAAAUUUCAAGCCCUGCGAGAACUGAUGAGAUGCCGCUGUAUCGUGGCUCCAGGUUGAGCGGGGAGUAG